AUGGCGGAGCCGCUCGCCUCCGGACAAACGGCGGAGCAGGUGUGCACCUUCCUCUUCAAAAAGACUGGACGGAAAAGCGCUGCAGGCCUCCGGAAGCGCCAUGACCUUGAACGAGAGCCCGGGGAGAGCGGCGGAGGCGGCGGCAGCGACUGCAGCAGCGAGGAAGGCAGCGCCGUGGUUCGUCCCGCCAAGAAGCGGCCGGGCCCCCGUCGGAUGACACAGAAGGCGCGUGGCGGCGGCGGCGGCAAGCCCGGGGCAGCGUCCAGUGACUCGGAGGGUCUGGAGGAGAAGGACCCUGAGAGCCUCGGCGUGAUCUACUACAAGUCCACCCGCUCGGCGAAACCCGCGGGGCCCGAGGACAUGGGCGCCACCGCCGUCCGCGAGCUGGACACGGAGAAGGAGCGGGACGCGCAGGCCAUCCUCGAGCGCAGCCUGAAGAUCCAGGAGGAGCUGAGAGGCCGUGAGGACGACGGCAUCUACCGCGGCCUCUACAGCUACCAGUACACGAGGCCCAAGGGCGUCUCCCUGGGCAACGCCUGCUCCAGGAUGGUCAGGAAGGGCCCCGUCCGAGCGCCCGCGCAUCUGCGGGCCACCGUGCGCUGGGAUUACCAGCCGGACAUCUGCAAGGACUACAAGGAGACCGGCUUCUGCGGCUUCGGGGACAGCUGCAAGUUCCUCCACGACCGAGCGGAUUACAAGCUGGGCUGGCAGAUGGAGCGUGAGCUCGAGGAAGGACGCUAUGGCGGCCAGGAGGACCAGAACUAUGAAGUGGAAAGCCGCCAAGAGGAAGUGCCAUUCAAGUGUUUUAUCUGUCGCCAGACCUUCCAAAACCCAGUGGUCACUAAAUGCAGGCAUUACUUCUGCGAGAGCUGUGCGCUGAGGCAUUUCCGUCGCACACCCCGCUGCUAUGUCUGCGACCAGCAGACCCAUGGCAUCUUCAACCCGGCCCCAAAAUUGAUGGCCAGACUGGAGAAGAAUCGAGCUGCCAGAGGGGGUGCUCCUGGGUCCCCCAAAGACUCCCAUAAGAGUCCAGUUCCCGUUACUUAA